AUGGCUCAGUUACCUGUUGUAUACGGAGAAUGGGUGGUGAAAGGCUCUUUGUGGGAGUUUGUGGUCAAUAAUUGGAAAGGAGUGAGAAUGUUCCUUGUGCCUAAUGGAUGUACACAUGGUGAACUUCUUGAAAUGGCACAAGAAGAUUAUGAUCUGGAUAAGAAAAUCGAGAAGGUGGUGCUAACAUAUUCCUUACCAGAUGUCAUUUUACAGCAAAUGACUCAGGAUACUCCUCCUAUGCAUGUCACGAAUGAUAGACAAGUGCGAAACUUGAUCGACCAAAGCAAAGUAGAAGCUGGAGUUAAUGAUGAUGUUGAUGUGUCUGAUGGUGAUGAUAGUAUAUUUGCUGAUGAAUAUACUGAUGAAGAUACUGAUGAAGAGUUGGAUGAAGAUAGUAAUGUUGUUGAUGAUGUUCAAGCAACUGCUGAUGUUGUUGUUGAUGUUGACGAUGGUGUAAACUACAAUGAUUACGGGAAAGUGAAAGAUGAGGAUUCUAACGAGGAUGCAAAUGAAACGCUUUAUGAUGGUCAUAAAGAACAGUGCUCUGGUGCUGAAGGAAGAUCGUUGUCCUUAAAUGACAAUAUAUAUGUCAGUCAGAGUUUUGCUGGUAAGGAUGAGCUUGUUUCAAAGCUGAAGCCGGUGGCUAUGAAAUGUAAAUUUACAUUCACAGCAUAUAAGACACCGAAAACUCUAUAUGUGGCUAAGUGUCGUGUUCAAGGAUGUGGUUGGAAGCUUAGAGCGAGUGUGAAGCAUGGGCCAAAGACAAUUUGGGUGACAAAAUAUUUGAAAACUCAUACAUGUUCAGUGGUGGAUCGAAUGGCUCAACGGAAACAUUAUACUCCAAAAUAUGUUGCAAGACUAUUUAUAGAUCGGGUUGGGAUUAUAGAUGGGCUUACAACGAAGCAUAUCGAUGAUGAGAUGAGGGAAAUUUUUGGGAUGAAGCUAGAUUACAACACUUCGUACAGAGCUUUGUUAUCUGCGCAAGAGUUGGUGAGAGGAACAACAAAAGAUGGAUAUGAGAAUCUGCCUUUUUAUUUGCGUCAAAUCGAGAUAUCGAAUCUGGGAACUGUCACAUGUCUUGAGAAUGAUGGUGAAAACAGAUUUAAGUAUUUAUUCCUAUCUCUUGGAGCUUUGAUAGCUGGUUUUACCUAUCUUAGGGGGGUUAUUGUCGUGGAUGGGACUCAUCUAUGUGGAAAGUAUGAAGGAGUUAUGCUAGUUGCAGCAGCCCAAGACGGUAAUUUUCAGAUUUUUCCAUUGGCUUUUGCGAUUGUGGAUGCGGAGAAUGAUGAUUCGUGGGAAUGGUUUUUUACCAAAUUGCGGAGUUGUGUUUCAGAUGAGUAUGCUUUGGUGACAGUAGCCUCUCUAUCCUCUGAUAUACACGCCCUCAACAUCAACAACUCCAUCUCUUGA